UUGAUACAGGAUCACCACCACAGACGGGAACCACGACGGUUAAGAUUACCGUAACCGAUAUCAAUGACAACGGACCGACGUUCGAUACUAAGGACACUGUUGGAACAGUGCUAGAAAAUGAACCUCCACACACAGUGAUCAUGACGCUUGCAGCGAGUGAUCCCGAUCUACCACCAAAUGGAGCACCCUUCACCUACAACUUGGUCGGAGGACGGCAUACAUCACUGGUCACACUUGAAAAGCAUUCCGGAGUUCUGAAGACAUCGCGGAGCAUUGAUCGCGAAACGACGCCACAGCUUGAGUUACUCGUUGAAGUAGAAGAUAAUGGUUCACCCAAAAUGAGAACUCAACAUACAAUUACUGUGAACGUUUUGGAUCAAAAUGAUAGUCCAUCGACUCCAAGGAUUGUGCAUGUUCUGGUUUAUGUGUUCAACAACCAAAUCAACGGAGACAUUGCCAACGUACAUCCAAACGAUCCAGACACAACAGGAGAUUAUCGAUGUAAAAUUUUGAGUGAUCUCAACAAAAAUCCAAUAACAACUUUCACCAUAAGCUCAGGGUGUAAACUCAGGCCAACCUCGGCGUCACUUCCUAGCAAUGGGCAUAGUUUCCUGGUGUCCGGGAAUGAUGGAAGACACGCGGAUGUUGUGUCCACCGUUAGCGUAGAGUUCCUUCGAUUGGACAAUGUCACUGUGGAAAACUCGAUCACCAUUCGAAUAGAAAACAUGACCAGCAGCCGAUUCUUGGCUAACUAUUACAGGAACUUCAUAGACAUUCUCAAAUCCUCGAUCGAAAACUCCGAUGAACUGAUCGUUUACAGCUUGCUUGAUGUCGAAAAAGCAACAGAUAUUUCAGUUGCCGUGUCGAACAGCAACAAGGGAUUCCGAUCGAAGAAAUACAUGAGCGAGCGAUUUAGUAAGAAGCAGGACGCGAUCAAUCUCCUACUACAGAGCUCCAAGAUCACAAUAGACUUCAUACCGUGUGAUACAAACACUUGCGACAACGGUGGCAUUUGCUACGAGAAAAUCAACGUCUACGAGGAUGUUCAAAUCACGGACAGUCAGUCGUUGAUCUUCACAUCGCCCUUGGUGAAACACGACUUCAGAUGUAAGUGUUCCGAUGGUUACACGGGCCAGAAAUGCGACAAGCGACAGGAUCCUUGCUCACCGAAUCCAUGUCAAGCUGGAGGGCAAUGCCGACGACAGGGCUACGAUUUCCAAUGCUCGUGUCCUCCCAAUCGAGAAGGCAAAUUCUGUCAAUUGGAACGCGGAGAUAUCUGCUCAAGUAGUCCCUGUAAAAACGGUGGUUCAUGUCGGGAGAGCUCGGAUGGGUCAUCGUUUUUCUGCCUUUGUCGGCCAGGCUAUAGAGGAAAUCAGUGUGAAGCCGUUGCCGAUUCAUGCCGGCCCAAUCCAUGCCUGCAUGGUGGAUUAUGUGUGAGCUUGAAGCCGGGCUACAAGUGCAGCUGCGUAGAUGGACGAUACGGAAGGCAUUGCGAAAAGUCAACUUUCGGAUUCAAGGAACUAUCGUACAUGGCGUUUCCUGCGCUGGACUCGGCUACAAAUGACAUUUCGGUGAUCUUUGCUACGACCAAACCGGACGCUCUUUUAAUCUACAAUUACGGCAUUCAAAGCGGCGGUCGAUCAGACUUUGUCGCAAUGGAAAUCGUCAGCGGACGAGCGGUGUUCUCUUUCGGAGGUGCACGAACGGCCAUCACUUCGCUGGUUGUGGGUCAAGGAGCUUCUAGCGGGAAUAAUAUAUCCAACGGAAAGUGGCAUAAGAUCACGGCGACGAGGAAUGGACGAGUCAUGUCCCUGAGCGUUUCCAAAUGCUCAGAAAACGGUGACUUCUGCGAAGAUUGUAGACCUGGAGAUUCAACGUGCUACGCGGACGACACCGGUCCCACUGGAACGCUAAACUUCAACAAACAUUCCCUGUUGGUGGGAGGACUUGCAUCAGCGGAUCCCGUUUUGGAACGACCCGGCCAGGUUCACUCCGAUGAUCUUGUGGGUUGCGUGCAUAGUGUUUCAAUCAACGGCAGAGCGCUAAAUCUGAGCGCUCCCAUCAAGUCAUUUGGCGUCGAAUCUACGUGUAGACGAAGCAGUAAUGGAGGACCAUGCAGUCUCGGACUACCCGAUGAUCCGGCCCAUCCUCUGUGCGGUCCGUUUGGACAAUGCAUGGAUCGCUGGCACACGGCCAUGUGCCGUUGCGGUGAACCAUUCUUUCGCCGGACUGCUCGAAUUCUCUGGAGCACUAUUCGAUUGCGGAUGGUGGAUUCAUAG